AUGAAUGUUAGUGGUGGGUGUAGACUGGUUCGUUGGGAAGUGCUGAGAACUAGCAAGUUCUCGGCUCGAGUUCUUGCUGUACAUACGUUUCGUGAGCAACUGCUUGCUUUGCUAUGUGGUAAUACUAGACAGUACAACGAUCUGGAGGGUGGUAAAGAAGUAAAAAGAAGAAAAACAUCAGCAGCCUUUUUUCUUGAUCGUCCAUUCCUGGGAUCCGGUAUUUAUUUCCCGGAUACCAAAUUCUGA